UACGUGAGCAAGACUGAACAGUGCUUCCGUGCUAGAGUCAUUGUGAGUUUUGUCGGUUACCCAUCUCUUAAUUUACAAAUUAUCAUGUCGUUUAUGUGACCUCUUGUGUCCUGUCAUUUUAGUUUGUUUCUUAUUUCUUUUUUGUUUGGUUAACGAUUUCACAAUUUGACUAUAGACGGGUGUUUUAAUUCACAAUCGCCCUACUUUGAUUCAUCAGAUGACUUUUGGAUACUUUAUACUAAAUAAAAUAAUUGUCUUCUGUGAAUGGGUGCCAGUAAGCUAGAUCGUGUUUACAGGAAUCUAGUGCUUUCCAAGUUUUUUAUUAGAGGAUGGGGCAAUCCUGAAAAUAUUAAACGGCUUUUUGAGUUCCGUAAAAUUGUAUCGGAUAGGGAAAAAUGCCAAAGUUUAGUUGACUCGCAACACAAAGUUUUCAUUGAUAAGGAAGAAGACCACAAGCAUUACAAAAUCUUAAAUGGCCACUUUCAGAGCCCAUUUGCAUAUCAUCUCCCUGGCUUAGUGCCAGUGGAAUCCGAAACUGCCUAUUUCCAAGUACUGCUGCCUAAACAGUGGAAUUGGGGUAAUGGCCUUAAACCAAUGGUAGUGCAACUUGCAGGAACAGGUGAUCAUUUCUUUUGGCGUCGACGAAUGCUAAUGGGCAAACCGCUGAUGAAAGAAUGGAACAUCGGCUCCAUCAUCCUGGAAAAUCCUUUUUAUGGCCUACGAAAACCAAAAGACCAAAAACUUUCCUGUUUGCACAAUGUCUCGGACAUCUUCGUAAUGGGCGGUUGCCUUAUCCUCGAGUCUCUUGUAUUGUUUCAUUGGUGCGAACGCAAUGGACUCGGUCCUCUAGGAGUUACUGGAGUUUCAAUGGGCGGUCAUAUGGCUUCAUUGGCAGCUUCCAGCUGGCCAAAACCAGUGGUUUUAGUUCCUUGCCUAUCCUGGUCAACAGCGUCUUCAGUGUUUACACGCGGAGUCAUGAGCGGAGCGAUUGAUUGGUCUCUUCUAGAGUCCCAGUAUUAUUCUAACCAAAUUUACAACGAGAUCCUUGAUAUGGUUCUUCAAUCUCCAGCCAAUAGCGAUUGUGCCUUUGAUGCAGGUAAACAGUUUGCUCAAAACUACUCACGUCACAUGGGAGCAAAUCUUGAAGUCCCGAGUAGCGCUCAUUCCAUUCCUCCUAGCAACGAUCAGCGUCUGACUAAAGCCGUGGAAGAAACAUUCAAUUUCAAAUUAUCGGGGUUGUCCGGCAUUGUUCUUCCGGAAUCCUGGAAGCGUCUGGGCAGUGUCUCAGUUUCUACUCCGCUCCGAAAAAUGCUUCAACCUUUUUUGACUGAACAAGUAAAGGGGAUGGAAAAAGCUAAAGCCCGUCAACAGGCAAUGGAAUUUAUGCGUGGCAUUAUGGACGAGUUCACGCACAUUGCAAACUACUCACGGCCGGUUGAUAGUUCGUGUAUCGUCAUUGUGACUGCCAAUGACGAUGCUUAUGUUCCUCGUGAAGGAUGUACUGACCUGAGACAAUUAUGGCCUCAGUCGGAAAUUAGAUAUGUCUCGACUGGACAUGUUGCCGCCUACGUCCUACAUCAUGAAAUAUUCCGUCGGGCCGUCAAAGAUGCCUUUGACAGAAUCAUUGCCAACCAUUAUACCUGAACGCUAUUAAUCUUAGUUCGUAAUUUGAACAUAGAUGGCGUACGUUUUUCUGAAAGAAAAGUUUUGCGUGAUGUACCGGAAAAGUUGGGGUUUUUAUGUUUAAAUUUGUUUGAAUGAUCGAACGUUUCUUUUCAGUGGAUUUCUGGAGUAAAGUGGUUAGACGAAUAAUAAAUAUAUUCAAGAAAAGAA